UUUCUGCACCGAUGAUAUCACUCGUGUGCGCAGCUCUCCCCUUUUCGCCUUGGUAUAUUGUGAAAGUGGGCUCCCCUUCCCCUCCCGCCGCUGCGGUCCCCCCUCCCGCCGUUGCGGCCCCCCUCCCGCUGCCCCGGCUGAGCGCUCUCACGCUGCCUCAGGAGGGCCCCCACUCUCCCUCACUCUCGUGUCUCCCUCCCCCCCGUCCCCUCGCCCCCCACCCCGUUUACCGGAUCCAUGUUAGUGAAAGCAAAGACCGAGCGGAGCAGGCCGUGCUGGACUGUUUGAAGUUUUGCUUCGGCCCCCAUUAAGACAACAUUUUAACACACACACAGACUCACGCGCGCCAAGUCCAGAACACACACGCACAACAACUGGGGGAGAAGCAGAAGCGGCAGUUCCGUCCAACAUCCGGCGGGGAAGAAGAAGGGGGAGGAGGAAAAGGAGGAACAGAAGAAGAAGAAAUACGGGCGAAGAGGAAGAGGAGCGUCUGGAGGAGCAGGAAGAAGAACGGCGGCGGCAAGUGUGUGUCUGCGUCUGUGUGUGUGUGUGCGUGUGUGUGUGUGUGUGUGUGUGUGUGGUGUGGACGAAGAGGGGAACGACGACCGGCCAGCAGACAGACCACAGACGGACUGACGUUGCAGCACAGCGACGAGACCGAGGAGGCGGGUUGACAGCGAGUGCGGAAGCCGGUACGGGAGGGCGCGAGGAAGCGGCGAGCAGACCAGCACAGCGGCGCGCCGGCACGCAGACGUACACGGGGAAGCGAGCGGGCCGCGCUGCAGUCGGCAUGAAAUGUCACCGGCGGAAGGAGGAAAACAGCCGAGGAAAGCACCAGGACAGCUGCAGCAGCGGUGGCGCCAGUAGCGGCCGCACCGCCCCUCGGACAGCAGACGACACACAGGUGGCCAGCCGGUGGUGAUGCUCGGCUGCGGGGGUGACCGACCGACGACGCUAAGGACGUAAACAUCGCGCCACGCCGAGUGAAAUAAACUCACGCGCCGCAAGUGAAUCGCGGAAAGAAGUGGAUCAGUGAACGACAACCCUGUCUCCGAGACGGAACAGCUCUGCACCACCGACACAGCAACUUUGAUUAUUUUUUUCCUUUUCUUUCCAUUUUGACCAGACAGACUGUGCCAGUCUCCCUGCUCGCAGUUCCAGUUAACGAGUCGCACCGGCCCUCAACAUAGCGCACGUCUGCCAAGAGUGAAAGUGUUUCCUCCAGAGUCGACCAAACUGCGAUUUUGUCCGGCCAGUUCGCUUCUUCUCCCACCUGGUUGUGGAACGCAGACCCCCUUCAAAUAAAGUAACCGAAACCAAAGAGCUAUCUGUGAAUGUGCGUGUUCGUGGAUCGUGUGUGUCUCGCCUCGCCGCAAAGUAGGAACGAGAAGAAAACGAAAGCCUGCGCCGCAUUUUGGUGACAAGCGUGGCAAGCGGCAGCGACGAGCGGCGGUUUGUCAGCAACGCGGCGAGCCGAGCCAGCCAGCGCUCGCUGAAAGCGAAAGUGUUGAUCUCGUUUUUCCGUUCUCUCUUCCCUCUCGCCCCGCGCUAAAGUGUGUUUCGCCGUCUGCGCCAGCCGGCAGUGCUGUGGUGUUAACCAAACUUGCUCUCACUCUCGCAAGGGAAGGUAAAAAGGAAAAAAAAUUGCGUACUGAAACGUAGUAAACCAUAUCUGAAGAAUAGCACAAUUUUGAAACUGUGUGCCUUUAAAAGAAACGAGUGUACCUGUCUCUGUGUUCCCGUAGAUUGUUGUUUCCUUUUUUUUGUCUUACGACGUUCUUUUUGUUGAAGCCGGCUACCGACAGUCGGCAGUGUGCUCUCCUCGCCGUCAAAGUGAAAGUGAGAGGAUUUGAUAAGAUUCCUGCAAUGUGAAAACAGAUUUUCGAUGCAGCUGGAUAUUGGCCGUGUGUGUUUGUGUGUGUGUGUGUAAAAAUAUGCUAUACAUUGGGAAGUGAGAGUACCUUAUUACAGGAAGCAUUUUUUUUUCACCCUUCUUUUCGAGACGACACCCUGUACAGUGCGCCUUGCGUGCCAGUAUGGCCACGAGGCGGGUUUUCGAAAGUGGCGUAUACGCUAACGAUGUUGUCCCGGAUGAGUGCUCCGCCCACGCCAACAGCUGCCGCUGCUGCUGCGAAACCUCGCGAGGAUUUUGAAACUCUGCCGUACCAGCCCGUGCUGCUUUCUAUAGGAUAUUUCGGAAGACUGCAGCUGCCCUGAUUGCUUCACGUCGCUUCGUGGCAGCUUGGGCGGCAGCGCAGCGUUCGUCUGUCCGAGUGGGGAGUACCGCGUGGAAGCCUGACUGAGAAUGAUAGCGACACAAGUGCCUGGCGAUCUGAACGGCGCAACGCCGCAGCUCCCGCAUCAGAAACAACUACUGAACGGUCUCCACGCUAGCAGUGGCGAGAGGAGGAGUCGCGCGCCGGCGGCGAUGCUGGACAGCAGCGGGCUGCUGACGCUGCACUACGGGCGGCACGGCGCGGGCGUGCUGGACGAGGUGCGCUCGUGGUGGGACGCGGGCCACGGCGCCGACCUGUCGCUGGUGUGCGACGGCGGGCACGCGCUGCCCGCGCACCGCCUCGUGCUGGCCGCCGCCUCGCCGCUGCUGCGCCGCGCGCUGCGAGACGCGCCGCCGCACUGCCCGGCCGCCGUCUCGCUGCCUGGCGUGCACGCGCGCACCGCCGCCCACCUGCUCACCUUCCUCUACACCGGCGAGGCCUGCGUGCAGGCGGGUGACAUUGCCAGCCUUCAGGAACUAAUUACUUUACUCGAAAUAAAAUCGGACUUCGUCCACGAAGAGAAAAAGGCGGAAGAAGAUGGCGCCAGAAUUGAGGAAGCCGGCUGCUCCUCCGCUACUCGGAGGCGGACGUCGGGCUCGAGUCCUGCCCCUGCGGCCGCACCUGCGGUCGCUGACUCCCCCCAGGGAAGUCCCGACAGCGACGCGGGGGUGGCGACGGCGGCCGUCGCGGCGGAGGCGGCAGCGGCGCCGCCGCCGCCUCCACUCCUCCCUGCUACCGAGAGCGGGCCGCAGCUCCCCGGCGCUGCGCAGGUAGCCAUAAAGCAGGAGCUGCACUCGGACACGGACGCGGAGGAGGAUGCCAACGCCGAAGACGCCGAUGCCGAGGGAGAGGGCGAGGACUCGGCGGCGCAGGCGGGCAGCGGCGGGCGCACCGACAGCGAGGACGAGAGUCGCGAGGGGUACGGCGUAGCCGGGGGCGGCGCGGCGCCGACACCACCGGCGGGCGGCAUCCCGCAGCGGCGCCGCAGCUCGCUCAACCCCGUCAACCUGUCUCUGGCCGACGCUGAGCGCGCACAUUCGCGCAGCCCACUGCGCAACUCCAGGUCCUCCGAAUCGGCUCCAGACGCGGACAGAGAGCCCGGCGAGGGCGAAGGCGAGGGCGACAGCCGUGGGGCUGACGAAACGGACAGCAGGGACGGCGUGCCAGAGAUGCCGUGCAAGAGACGCCCGAGCAGUGCCCCAGCCCAGCCACAGGAGAACUCCAGAGACAGAUUAAAUGAAAGUGAGAUACGUCAGCAGACAGUCCAGCACACGAUCCUGCACCACCACCACCAACAUCACCACCACCAACAGCCGCAGCACCAUCAGGACUACAAGAGGCAGCUGCUGGUGGCGGCACAGCGUGUCAAACGGAAGCAGAUGUUUGGGGACGUCUAUAGUGACCCGGAUGUAGAUGUCAGGGUGGCAGCCGACGAUGAUGCGCCACUCAUCCGCACGUCGCCUGAGAACUAUGUGGUGACCCCUCACCGCAAGCGCCGGCCAGGUUUUCACAACUCGCCAGCGCAGAACCCACCCUUCGUGCCACUGUGCCCAUCCUACCUGGAUGACGUGCCGCACCACAGGCACCUGCACAGCAGCCCCAGCCCACGCCUGCUGCCCGCACACCCACCCCCACCGCCACCCUAUCUACCUGCUCCACCCCCGACAGCUGUCGCUGCUCCCGAUCGCUCAUCUCCGGGGCCUGAUGACAAGUAUCACCACCACCAGCAACAACAUCACCACCACCACCACCAGCAGCGGCACCAUCACCACCAUCACCACACCCACCAGCAGGCAGCACCACCACCACAGCCGCCGCCACCCCCUGGUGGAGGGCAGCAGCCACUGGAUCUGGUGCCACGUGGGGAGGUCCCGCACUGGAGCUCGUGGUCUCUGGUAGCCGCAGGUGCGGGCGCCGCGGCAACAGCAGCAGUAGACGAUGGGAGUGGCACACCUGGAGGUGGCACCGCAGGUUUUGUGUCUGCACUGGCAGCAGCAGCAGCUCGCUCUGCUGGGGGUGGCUGUGGUACUGGUGCUGGCACUGGGGCUACAGCAGACAGUGAGUCAGGCACCACGGCAUCUGCCGCAGCAGCCGAUGUCAAGCCUGUGGUUGCAUCGAACAACAAAGUGGUCGCUGUGCGUGAGUAUCGCUGCCAGUACUGUGGCAAGCAGUUUGGUAUGAGCUGGAACCUAAAGACACAUUUGCGAGUGCACACUGGAGAGAAGCCGUUUGCUUGUCGUCUGUGUGUUGCUAUGUUCAAGCAGAAGGCUCACCUCCUCAAGCAUUUGUGUUCUGUGCAUAGGAAUGUCAUCAACGAAGGUGGUGAAGGCCGUUUCAGUUGCUGUUUCUGCCAGAUGUCAUUUGAAACACUACAAGAGCUCAUACGACACUUGUCAGGACCACACAAUAACUUGCUGUUGAGCAAAAACCUCCACGGAUAGGAUGUGUCGCAUCCUGUGCUCCACUAGUCACCAUUUGUGGUGGGCUACUGCUUCUUAUGUUCAGAGUGAUAUGAUACAGGGUAAAUUAAUAAGCAGUGCGGAGCAAAUUACAACUGUUUUCAUACUUACCUGUGAAUGUACCACAUUGCGCUGAAGAUUACUGCUUUCACAGUUGAAGCUGCAGUUUUGUAAAAAUGUUUUUGUCACUUAGAUUACUUUCUGGUGAGUUUAUGAGAGGGAACAUGAGAAUUAAGGGAAAACAAACAGAAAAACAUUAGUAAACAUGGACAAUGGUUCUUAUAAUCAUUUAUUUAAAAAUAUUGAUGCCUGUCUUCAAGACAACUGCUAAUUGUGUGUGAUUUAUUUUUUUUCUUAAAAAUGAUAAAUUAGCACCAACUUGCUAACCAAAAUUCUGCAUUAGAAAUUUAAGGAACAGAUUAAGGAGUAAGAGUAUGAGCCUCCAGUUUCCUAAAAUCAAAUUCAUGUAGGAGAGUGGCAGGAGGACUUUGGAGCCCCUUAAUUUCUAAAACUGCUUGUCUCUUGAAAUACUCACUCUAUCAGAUUUACAAAUAUUGAUUUGUAGUAUUUAUUUGCAUUUUUCUUCUAUGGGACCAAAAACAUUUUAGCUUUGGGCUGAACAAAAUAAAGCAUUAGGAUACAGGAUCCCAAUGCAGUCUUUUCAGGCACACAUUCACAUGAGAUAGCGGGACUGUAUUCAUAGAACCGUAUGAUUUUCUCAGUGUUCUAUUAGUGAUAUGCCAAAGAUGGCAGGACUCCAAACAAAUGCAUUUGAUAAAUUAGCCUAGCUUUUGCACUGAUUGUGCAUCAUAAAUUACUUGGCUCACAUGAAAAGUAUUGGUUGGAAAAGUAAAGCAACAAUCUUUGUGUUAUUUGUUCAUGUUGCCAAUAGCUAAAGCCAGAAAACUGUAAGUUGUUGAGAAACUACACAACUACAUAUAAAACAAGGUAGUUCCUUAUAUUGUAUAGUCAACUUUAUAAUGCAUGAAGAAUCAACAAUAAAAUAACAUUUUGCCUCUCUGUUUGUCACUAUGGACUACAAUAACACAUAGGCUAUAAGCAAAUGUUGCAUAGCAUAUGAAAUUCAAGGAUUUGAAUAACAGCUGUUUCUCACGUGAUUGGGUCCUCAGAUCUUACAAUGUGAUGCAUGUUACAUGACACUCAAAAUCUGAUCAGCAGCUACUGCUUGAAAUGAUAACUUAUUCUUUAUGGUUUUGUACCUGUUUAGUAAAUGAAAAGUGCCUUGUGAUUCUUCAGUUUCUCCCAGCAUACUUCAUGAUGAAAGAGUUCACCCCUGAACUCUUUCAUCGAGAAGUGCCUUAAUUCUAAAUGUAAUGUUCCAUACUAUUAGAUGUAUGUAUAAGUGCAGUGUAUUACUAUGAUGGCUGUGUUGAUUACCUCAGUAGUUUCCGAAACCAAUAUUUUAUUCUGUAUCAUAUAGGACUGAAUUCAGAAAGCACAGGAUGCGAUUAUUAAUAUAAAUUGGUGCCCUAGUGCCCCUAAAGAACAAUUGAAGAUGUUGUUUGAAUUGUGCAUAGUGUCACACUCAAAGAAAAUAUUUUAUAGUGUUCAGUACCCCGUACUGAUAAUUUAUACCUCAUUUUCAGUCUACAAGAACUUAUAUUUCACCCAAUGAAUAAUUUAUAUCAUGUGAAUAGACAGUACAACAUGAUUUGAACUCAGCGAAAGAGUGAAUUAUCUUGUUAAAUUGUUAAGAAAAUGUUGUUAUGUUAGAUGUUCUAAUGUUUUUCUUGUGGGAUUAUUUUAGAAAACUUGCUUUCUUAGGAGAAUAGUGACAUAAAGGUAAAGACUGCAUGCAGCUUAGCCUCUAAAGGUAACUCAUUUAGCUUUGUAGCACCAAUGGACUAAUAACACUUAAAGUGUUCUGAUCAAGGAUACAUCGCAAAUGAUGGCUACCACACUUUUACAUGGCCAGAUUUUAAAGUUUCAUCUAUAAAAUUAGUUUUAAACUGAGUUUUCAUUUCUUUUCUUUCUUUAGUUUUGUCCUUUUGCCAGUACUGUGAAUAAUAGCAUAUACUUUUUAGCUGUGUACGUAAUAGUAACAUGAGAGCACUCUUGUGUACAUCAUUUUCUCUUGACAACCUAUUGUGUUCAGCUGAAUCUGCACUUAAACUAUCACUGCCAUUUCUACCAGAAGAUAAACUUGACAGGUUUUCUCACUCUUAAAUAGUCUUAGCAAACAUUAAUUUAUGAAAUUGUAAAUGAAAAAAAUUAUUUCAUACUUCAGAAUAGUGUACUGUUUCUCUUAUUGUUCUAAUUUUUCUUGGUGAAGGUUAGUGAAUAAGGUACAAGUGAUGAACUAUUUAUAAUGUAUUCUUGAAAUAAUGAGUGCAAAAUAAGUGGCCUUUACCAUAAAAAAAUAUUUUUAAGAAGAACAUUUUUAGACUCGCUGUUAAAAUAAUUACCUAAAUCAGAAAUGGUAAAGUGCCUUCAAGUAGUCAAUGAAACAAAAACUGUCAUAAAUUAUUACUGAUGAAAUUUAUGAUUGAAAAAUGUUUGUUGAAAGAUGCUGAUAAUGUGAAUGAGUGUUAUUGAUUGACAAAGUAUUCUUUUUUUUAAAAAAAAAAGCAAGUGAAUUUUUCUUCUGAUACAAAACAAAGAAAUAAAUGCUGCCAUAAAGCAACAAACUUUAAAAAAUCAGGUUUUUAAAUUCAAAUUUUUAUUUUUAGUGAAUCAAAAAAUUCAAUGUCAUCUCUCUAUUUUUAUUUGCUACUGUUAAGUGAUAAUUCACCAUCACAUUACAUGGAAGGCAGCUUAAUGUAAUGUCAAACUGGCUUCAGUUUCAAGUUCACCCACAGCCUCCCUGCAAUAUAAAUUUUUCAAAACACCUGACUUUUUAUGCAUAGGUAUUCUUUUGGUUCAGCAUCAAUAAUUAUAUUACAAGCUUUCUGCUUCUUGGUGUUUUUGUGGCAGCAUUCUGUUUCUAUCUCUGUUUUUUUAGUUUUUCCUGAAUGUUAAUGCUGUAAAUAAAACUUACAUGAUGUCACUUAGGAGUAAUGUAGUAGCGAGUCAUUGUCAACAGGUAGUUUGCAACUUCAUUUCAGCCUUGCAAUGAAAGCUGUUUUGCUUUUCAAAGAAAUUAAUUUCCUUCUUUGAGUCUGAAAACUGAGGAAACAUUCUGUUUUACUUAAAGUGAGAUCAGUUUCUAGAGAAAUAGUUUUCAUAAUUGAGAACUUGUUGAUUUUCCUUUCACUUUGUUCUUAUUUUAGGUAGUGUGGAAUCAAUGAACAGAAAACUCCCACCGAUUGGAUUCCAUUACUACUGCAUAUGCAUCACAGUGCAGCAAGGCUAAUCUGAUCUCUUCUGUUAUUUGCAGUUGAUCUAAUGAGGAAAUAAUGAAUUGGCAAUGUUCCAAAAUUAUUAUUACUGUUAUUAUUUAAAUCUGGAUACCUGUAGGGUCUCAGGCUCUCUCAUAAUUAAAGAUUUAAGUUGAUUCAACAACAUUUUUACCUGUUGACAUCAAUAUUGACAAACAUGUUUGGACCAACCCUGAUCAUGUGGCUGGUGCAAAACAUAUCAUGUUACAAAUGUAUAUUUCAUUUGCACCAAAGAUUUUAGUUUUAAUAAAAUUAUUGUAAAAUGUACAUAUUUUUACAGUGGACUAUCUGCACAAAUUGCUAUUAAUAAUGUAACAUUCUGAACUUAAUGCAGAGAAUAAGGUGACAUUUUACUGAAGCUGUUUCUUAUGCAGCAGUGAAUUAGAACAGAUACCCUGAAAAUUUUUAGCUGGUACAUUGACAGAUUCUCUAAUACUGAAACAACCAGAUGCUUACAGUAAUUCACAGGAUACACUUCCUCUCUCAGAAGAAAUAAACAAUCUCUUUUUUCCUUUAUUGCUCACUUUUUCAACAGUGUGAAUUGCAAAAUCUUUAAGGAUCAACUCAUCUUACAAACUGAGAAUUGAUGGUCUUUUCUUUUCUUUGACAUUCUUUCCUGUAACUUAUAUUAGGUGAUGAGUAGUAUGCAACAUGUUUUGAAAGUCAAGGAGCCGCAGUUUUUGUACCUGCAGAGGUAAUGUAAGAACUACUUUCAGUGGUUUCAUUAUGCUGUACUUUGAUGACUCCAUAAUGAAUGUUAUGAAGAAUUCUUGAACUUGUGACAUUAAGAGGAAGUAUUUUAAGCAGAAUGCAAGUCCGGGUCUUUUAUGUGGUUUCUCCUACGGGCGUACAAAUGCAAUGAAAGCUGUUGCUGGUUGCCUUUAUUACCCAAGUAAGUCACAGAACAGGAAGCAGAAAUAUUCUGAAAUAUGGAAGGGCUGUAUUAAUGGUGCCAAUUAUUGGUUGAUGAAGAUGGAAAAUAAUAUUGUCUCUGUUCAUUUGUUCAGUGAUUCAUUCAUAUGCCUUGUUCUGCAAAUCCCAUCUUGAAGGAAAGCCUUCAGGGCUAUAGAGUGAGUGAAAUCUUACAUUAAUAAGCAGAAGCAACCACAGAAUCACAGAAUGCUAGUUCUGUAGGUAGCAUAAGUGUGAAUUUGUGACCCUGACAGAGAGAGAGAGAGAGAGAGAGAGAGAGAGAGAGAUCUUAUCAUUAAUACAAAUUUCAAUGCUAAUUUUUUUUUUCUUUGUGAAAUUUUUGGAGUCUUACAUGAUCUCAGUGGUAGUUUGAGAAAAUAUUGGGGACUCAUUAUGAAACAAUUCCAAAUAAUUAUAUAAUUUUUUCAUUACUACUUCUGUGGUAUUAGCUGGUCUCUUCAUGUCCCACUCUAUUUGUGAGCAUAUGUUGCUUUAUUAGUGCAGUUGCCCAUGUGCCUAAUAAACAAAACCAAAUUUUCCAUCAUUCAGCAACCUUUUAUUUUGAAACAUUACAGCUUACCAUACUAUCUGUCAUGAAUCAUGUAUGGAAGAUAUGGUCAAUAGUUAUCACAAUGAAAAAGAUGCAGGUAUUUCAAAUUGGUGUUUACUGUUUGCUUCAAAGUGUACGGAAGUUUAAAUAAAUGGAGAAAGUGGAUAUAUUUCUUGUUGCACACUGUUCACUCUAUUUUUUUCUUUAUUCUUGUACCCACCUGCCUUCAUAAUAUAGUGGUGGAAUUUUUUAGAAUUUUCUCAUUCUUGACCACUUAGCAUUAUGCAGAACAUCCAGUGAACCUCUGGAAAUUAAUAAACUUGGAAAAAAUAAUUCAGUCACCAAGGAGGAUGCAUUUUUCUGCUUUAAGGGAAACAAUGAGUAGGCCUGCUUGGAACUAAAAGAAUGAAUGCAAUGAAAAUUUUGUUGUUUGAUAUUUCGCUUUGUCAUUGGCUUACUUUAUAUAUAACACCAUCAGGGGUUAAGUGUUGUGAGGUGAGCUGGCACUUAAAUACGCUUCUGAAUGUUCAUGAAAUAAGCUAGUGAUGAUGAUCUGAUUGCAUUAGUACUGUAUACAUAUUUGAAAUGAUAGUUGUAAUGUCAGAAAUUAUCUUUUAAUGAAGUUUCCAUCAUCCUGAAAUAAUGACAGAAACAAAGAAGGCAAAAUUUAUUUUUAUUACAACAAUUAAAGCAGUCUUUUAUAAGACAUUUUUAUAAUAUGUUACAAAUGAGAAAUGUUCCAUAUCAGCAAUCAGUUUCAUGACUGAGAUAAAAAAUUAAAUGGAUCUAUUUUUUGUAAGUAUAAAAAAAACAGUAAAAUUUGAACUUUAUUCUGAAUAAGACAACUUAAGCAGUAAAGAUUUUUGUGUUUCACAGUACAACUUAAAUCAGUGAUUAAUAUUUAUUUAAUGUAUAUCUAAUGCUUAGUGUUAUACUUUUGGUUGUAAAUAAAUUCCAUGAACAUGUUCUCUUUGUAAAUAUUGUAUGUACAGGAUGAUGAAUGUAAAAUAAAACAGAAGCUGUUGCACUUUGA